AUGGAAUUACAACUCCUUCCUACACCACACACAAGAGCCACUUUGUCACGUGUCCCAUCAUGGUCUUCAAAAUCGAUAAGAUUCCAAUCAAACAACAUGCAGUGUCCUUCAGAUGUUGCAGGUCCUUCACUAGACCUGCAAUUAUCCAACAGUUUCCAACCAACUGGGUUGGAAAUUGUUGGACACAUGGGCUCCACGGAAGCACCGAAAUUCCAAGCGGAUCAAAUUCAAAUCGCGUCAACAACAGAGAAGGCGCACAUAGAGCGUAUCAGGGAAAUGACUCAACGAGAAAUGGAGUUGGCACAAGCAGAGUUGUUGUAUGCGAGGAAUAUGUGGGAGAGAACGCAAAAGGAGGUCGAGAGGGUGGAAAAACUGAAAGCAAAAGCGACACGUUAUAUCGAUUCAACUUGUAAAGAAAUUACUUGUCAAGCUUGUAGACAAAUAUUUCGACCUUAA